AUGUAUAGACGCUCUUCCCAGCCAGCCAAGACCGCCGCUUCGAACACGGCCUCUCUCACCCCAAUCAAUGUUCUCGUCGCGCCCUCCGGCUUCAAGGGCAGUCUGAGCCCUUCGACCGUCGCCGAUUGUAUCACAGAGGGAAUUCAUCACGCACUUCCGACGGCCAACGUGCGCAAAGUGCCCCUCGUCGACGGUGGCGAGGGGUUCGCACGUGCCUUGGUGUCAGCAACCAACGGUACACUACACCAUCUCACCGUCACCGGUCCCCUCGGCCUACCCGUGCAGUCGCACUUCGGCAUCCUCGGAGACGGUCACCACUGCAACGGCAAAGCCAACGGCACAAACACCAAUGGCCGGCUCUUGCGCCUGCCCUGGCCAACGCCGACGGACAAGGAGUCCACCACCACCACGACCCCACCCCCCAAAACCGCCGUCAUCGAAAUGGCCGCCGCCGCCGGCCUCGCCCUCACCCCCACCCCCACCACCCACGACCCCACCGCCACCACCACCUUCGGCGUCGGCCAGCUCCUCCUCGCCGCCCUCGACGCCGGCGCCUCCCGCAUCCUCCUCGGCUGCGGCGACUCGGCCACCUCCGACGCCGGCGCCGGCAUGCUGCAAGCCCUCGGCGCGCGCCUGCUCGACGCCCACGGCGCCCCGCUGCCCCGCGCUUCCGGCGGCGCCGCCCUCGCCGCCCUCGCCGACGUCGACCUGCGGGGCCUCGACCCCCGCCUGCGCCGCACCGCCAUCGAGGUGCCCUGCAACUGGCGCAACGUCCUGUGCGGCCCGCACGGCGUGGCCAGGGUGUAUGGGCCCCAGAAGGGCGCGAGCGAGGCGCAGGUCGAGAUGCUGGCUGCGGCGUUGGAGCGGUUUGCGAGCGUCGUCGAGACCCGCCUGGGGUGUGCGGUUGCGAGUGUGCCUGGGGGUGGCGCGAGUGGGGGCUUGGGCGCGGGGCUGCUCGUCUUGGGCGCGACGUUGAGGCCGAGGUAUGAGGCUGUCAUGGAGUACUUUGGCAUCGGGGACGGGGAGCUGUUCGACGGAUGUGAUCUGGUGUUUACGGCGGAAGGUGGGAUCGACGAGCAGACGACGAGGGGAAAGGUGCCGGCCGAGGUUGCGGUGCGGGCGAAAGGGAGCGGUAUCCCCGUCAUCGUCCUGGCGGGGACGGUCGGGGACGGGGCCGAGGUGUGCUAUCGGGCGGGCAUUGAUGCUUACGCUUCGAUCUUGAGUGGCCCGGCUUCUCUGGAGGAGGCUAUUGAGAGGGCCGAGGAGCUGCUGGUUGAUGCGGCCGAGGCCGCGAUGAGGAUGGUUAUGGUGGGUAUGGCGAUGAAAGGGUGA